UUGGAAACAGAAUGCUGCUCAGACAGUUGGUUCUACGCCAGUUAGCAUUUUAGCUGAAACGUAUCGCCUUUGAUUUUACCUUAAAGUCCACUUGGCCGAGGAUUAUUUCAUCUUUAAGAAGCAUCAAGUGGCUUAAAAUACAUCAGACGAUGUUGGGAUCGAUCUUGCAGUACCUGUACACCACCUUUCUGCGGUUUUGGUUGAAAUGGUUUCUCAGACAAAUUUCAGGAAAAUGUGAGCUGCAGCGGAUCUGCGACGGGUACGAGCCUGGAGCGUCAAGGACCUCGGGGAUCGAAAACUCAUUGAAAUCUUCAAAAAACAAGGUGCUCCAGAAUGCUGUGAAUGUGAAAGAAGAUGCAGUGGAGGGCUGUGUGACACAAAUAGUGAAGGAAAAGAACAUUAACGAGCAAAAAGAUCCAAAGUUUAAGGUGACUCUUCAUCAGUGCCUCAUACAAAUAAGUGGUUAUAACACCCUGUUCGUGACGGUCGAAGAGUUACGAAAAGAGGUGUUCGACUCUGACAACAAAGAACACGAGAAGAUGCUCCUUAAGUUGUGGGAUUUGCUGAUGCCAUCCGUUAAGCUGGAAUCUCGAAUCAACAAGCAGUGGGGCAACAUCGGCUUUCAAGGUGACGACCCGAAGACUGACUUCAGAGGGAUGGGCAUGCUCGGUCUGGUGAACCUCGUGUUCUUCAGUGAGAACUAUACUAAAGCAGCAUGGCAAGUCCUGUCCCACGCCAAUCAUCCCUCACUGGGGUACUCUUACGCCAUAGUGGGUAUUAACCUGACCGAGAUGGCCUACAGUUUACUGAGGAGCGGUGCUCUGAAGCCUCACUUCUACAACACCGUGGCAGGGAAACCACACAUGCACCACUUCCACCAACUAUACUGUUACCUGGCGUACGAGUUCGAUAGGUUCUGGGUGGAGGAGAAGCCCGCGAGCAUCAUGGAGUUUAACAUCUACAGAGAGAAGUUCCACGACAAGGUGAAAGGACUCCUUCUCGACCCGGAGGUCUCCCUGGUGUUAAAGAUCGGAUCUAAAAACUGCCCAGAUGAUUAAGGCUUUUUUUUUUUUCUCUCCCUUCCUAUGACGGAUUAAAAAAAACAUAUGACUGAAUAAUAAGUUUUAGGUACGUCCCUCUCAUAAUGCUUCCUGGUUUUAAACACGUAGCAGAUUUAUAAACCGUGAGAUUAUUCCUGAACCACGAUACUGUAGAGCAGAUUUAAGACCUAUUAAUAGAA